AUGCAAUACCGAAGUACAAACGGCGGCGAGAGUCAUAACGCAAUCAGUGGUCCUCAUCGACUAUCAACAGUAGUCAUAUUUAUUUGCCUAAUAUUUUUGCCAUCGAUCAAUUCAUUUUUGUUCAUCAUGGAAACUGAUGACAUUUGCCUCCCAUCGAACAUAAACAUACUUAAAGGCAAGAUCUUCUACGAUUUCCUCGAGACCACGUUCGGCACCAACAUCAAAGAGUUUGCUCGUCUUCAAGGCUUCUCAUCGGCUCAUUCUCUUCUUCAUUCCCCUCGGAACCUUCUUGACUUCGUCCAAAUAGAUUCCAACGGUCCGAAUCUCAUCGCUAUAAAGAAAAUAGCCGCUUUUUACGACAAGAAUGGAGUGUGGACGGUGAAAGCUGGCCUUCAGUACGAUGCGGAUUGCCUAAUAUCAGCUCUUCGUCAAUCCAACCAACAGCAAACAACGACCCACCUCAAUGAUUCGAUUCUUGUGUCUUCUGCCAUUCUUUCACGCUUCCCUUGGCUUAAGACUCUGAUCGUUUUCUGUCGAAACUCCAUGUCACUCACCGAUCGACAUGACCUCACUUUUUUGUCCACAUUCAUCGAAAAUAUAGCAAAUAAUGUAACCAAAUCAUCUAAACAUAAUCGAUUUUCUCAUCUCGUUCAACAGUUCGCAUUCGUUCUUUACGUUCUCGAUGGGCGCCAAGCGUAUGAAUUCGCUUGCAUCAAUCUACCGGACAGCCUUCCCUGUCCAUCGACAAUAUCGAAUCUUCUCAAACAGAUAAACGAUCACCUGAUGGAAGGUGAGUUCCGCUUCAGCACUUUAGGCCAUUACUCGGCAUCACUAGACGUCAAGUAUGCGUUUGCUUCGGAGGACUGCACAGGAAUAAUAAAGAAGAUCUGUUACGAUCGUCAAUCGAAUUCAUUCGCGGGCUUUUGUCCUUCACUACAGAGAGAUGGUCUUCCACGACCGUUUCCGUUUCGAACCGAAUCAUUCGCCGAACUUGAAUCGAAAUUCAAAUCUGAAACGCUAUCGUCGUUGAUCAACGUACACGUAAUACAGCCGAUUACCUCUCGAAGCGCACGUCUACCACCUUCAGUUCUUUGCGCUUACGGCACUAACAACAGAUCUGACUCAUAUCAUUUGAUCUAUCGAUGGCUGAAAAUUUUCGAUGAGUCUCUAAGGCACGGUGUACGGAUCGUAGGUUUUGCGACGGACUGCGACCAACGAUAUCUGCGCAGCAUGCGUCUAUUGACCAACUUUUUUGCUUCUCUUCCGAAUUGGGAUUUUCGCGAUCGAUCGAACGUCUUCAAAGUGGAUCUACCUGCCAAGUGGAAAUGGUUCUAUCUCGACCCUGUACAACUGUUCGUCGUCUUUCAGAGAAAUGAAAAAAAAGAUACAACCAUAUCAGAUCAUGGAGUUCGCAAUCUCUGGCCAUGUCAACACUCAGAAGCUCAAAAUUCUAUAAUAUCUCGGACGCAAAAAAGCUUAAUUGUUUUUGGAACAUUUUCAGGAUCCCAUUCACCUAGUAACGAAGGUCCCCAACAGAGUGCUUUCUUCCACAGCAACGUUGCUUAUGGGAAAUCAGUUGGUGUCAAUGGAUAUUUUACCCGAGAUUCUAGUGACAUCAUCGAAACUAUUCCAUGGACUAGUAUCGUCCGAUCUGAAUCCUCGCGACCAUCAGAAUUUCUAAAUCCGCUUGAGAAGCUAAAUCUGUUCCAGCAGAUUAAUAAUGAACACGAACAAGCCACUCCUCCAGUGCUGCGCUUUCCGAUUCAUCAUAAAAACAAGCAUGCUCCUUCAUCUGUCAAUCGAACGUCUCCUACGAAAUUACCUACGAAAAAAGAGAUCGAACAAACUGUCUGGCAAGCGUUUGAUAGAACGACAGAUUACAUCGAACAAGUUGGCGUCAUGGCCGCGUUGACCAAAGACAAGCCAUAUAACAUCGCACGGAUUAGUAAUUCUGCUCGCUCUCUGUCCGAAAACAAAGAAAUACUCGAUACUUUCUCUCAAGAGGGCGACGACGACGAUUUAAUCGGUAUUAUUCGAUAUCAAGAAGAUGCAGAUUCUGUCGAACAGAACUCGACGAGUAACUCAAGCCAAAUGGUGUCAUUUGUUAUUUAUUUAGUUAGAAUUCAAUCAACGUUUUACGGAGAACAUUGUUUGUUUCAAGUACUGUUGCAUUUGACUCUUUUCCAAGAAAAUGGGAAUACGCAGAGUCAUUAG